AUGGCACCCAAAGAAAUUCUUCUUAUAACGGGCAAUACCAACAAGAUAGCCGAUUUUAACGCCAUUCUAGCUCCUGCAGGAAUCAUUGUCAGAAAUCAAGCCGUUGACUUACCUGAGAUACAAGGCUCCAUUGAAGAAAUAAGCAUUGCAAAAUGUCGAAAAGCCGCGCAGAUUAUUGGAGGUCCGGUUGUAAUCGAUGAUACUGCGCUCUGUUUCAAUGCCAUGGGCGGGCUGCCAGGUCCUUAUAUCAAGGCGUUUCUAGAGGCACUGGGUCCGAAGAGUUUACAUCUGUUGUUGGCAGGCUUCUCUGAUAAAAGCGCCCAGGCUGUUGCGACAGUCGGCUACUGCCCAGGGCCAGGGCAUGAGCCUAUACUCUUUCAAGGGCCAAUUGACGGCACGAUUGUUCCUGCAAGAGGCAACAUGCAGUACGGAUGGCAGACUUGCUUUGAAUAUGGGGAGACGGGGCAGACAUUGGCAGAAAUGCCAGACGAUGAGAAACAUAAGAUAUCGCAUCUUGGCAUAGCCUUGCGGGAGCUUGUCUCAUGGCUCAACCGUUUGGAUGAUAGAGUGACAGACACAACAUAA